CGUGUUCAUCGUCAUGGACUAUGGGCGCCCCAGUGGGACGGCCUAUGUGGAAUUCCAGACGCCCGAGGACGCCCAAGCCGCGAUGUCCAAGGACCGCCAGAUGAUGGGCACUCGCUACAUUGAGAUCUUUGGCUCAUCUCCAGAAGAGAGGGCAAG